CUUGGUCAUAAACAACAACCAUCCGGCAUCAUGGGAAAGAAGAAGAGGACUCAGGCCUUUGUGCUCAAGCCGUGGUGCUGGUACUGCGAGCGCGAGUUUGAGGAUGAGAAGGUCCUGCUGCAACACCAGAAGUCGAAGCACUUCAAGUGCCAGCUGUGUCCUCGAAAGCUCAACACGGCAGGCGGUCUCAUGGUCCACAGCCAGCAGGUGCACAAGUGCGAGCCCGAGCCGUUAACCAACACGCUACCCGGGCGCGACGGCUACGACAUUGAGAUCUUCGGCAUGGAGGGUGUGCCGACCAAUGCGCUCGCCGAGUGGAAGGCGCGCAAGGAGCAGGAGGCGGGCGCGGCCGCGCUCGCGGCGGCCAGCUUGGCAAAGCGCCCACGCCACGCCUACACCGUCAUCCCCGAGGCCGACCUCAUGUUCGCGCUCGAGCAGCACAAGGCCCUCAUGGCCGCACGGAGGAAUCGCGAGAACGCAGGCGCGGCCCUCCCUCCUUUCCCUCCUGGUGUGGCGCCUCCCUUCCCUCCUGGCGCAAUCCGCCCACCACUCCCCGGCAUGCCCCCGCCCACGCUCGGCGCACCGCCGUACGGCGUGCCACCGUUCCAGCCGCCCUACCCGCCACCGGGCGGCGCGUACCCCCCAGCCAAUGGCUUCCCCCCAGCACCACCGCCGGUCGCGCGCCCGCCGCCAGCGUUCGUCCCUCAGGCCGCGGCGGCGCCAGCACCAUUGCCGCCAGCGCCAUCAGCGCCCGUCAGCGCCGAGGUGUUGCCGCCCGCUGGCGGCGUCUUCUGGCCCGACAACGACGCGACGCCAGCAGAAAAGCGCGCACUCCAGCCCAAGUACAGGUACACACCAUCAGAACCCGAGGCUGCGGGGACCGAGGCAGCUGCCGGCCAGAAACGCAAGGCGGCAGCCGACUUUCUCUAGCGCACAGUGUCAGUCAGUAGUAGGUAUGUCGCAUGUAGCAGUGUCUAGAUAU